UGGAUGUUCAUUGGCGCAGAGCUGAAAGCCACGCCUUCUUCUGUGAGCAUUAAUAGAUCAUGCCGUCCAUUGAGUAAACGAGCAAAUUUUGCCACCAAGCUGUCAAAAUGAUUAACUGGAAGGCUAUGGACAAUGUCCCCCUCCUCUUGUACAUCCUGGCCCUGAAGACGCUGCUGCUGUGUUUGGCAUUCGCUGGGGUCAAGAUCUACCAGAGUAAGAAAGCAGAAGCAGCCCUGAAGAAACAGCAGGAGGAACGUAGGAGGCUGGCCCAGCAGACACAGGAGCUCAUUGACAACAAGAAGGAUGACUGAAG